CAGGAUUAUGUCACGACAGGUUAGACUGCCAAAUCCAAGAUUGAUUACUGGGAUUGUUGGCAGAGAUGUUGUCAAAGACCCCUAUUUCAGCUUAAACAAACUGUAUCAGACUACUCUUACAGAGCUUGAGACCUUACCAAAGAUUUACCCAUACAGAGUUGAAACAGAGAGACUUACCAAAGAAAGGAUGGGGCUUUUAGAGAAAGCUAAAUCAGUUGUGGAAUUUGAACAAGCACUUGAUACAAGGUGUAUCGAGAAUGUAAUACAAGAAGCAAAGUCUGAGCUGCUGUUGAUAAGAAAACUACCGGGUUGGGCCCCAUGGGAGCCCCUGGUUGGAGAUGCUCCUGAAAAUCAAUGGAAAUGGCCAAUAUAAACUUAUCAUUCAAACAGCUACAUUCUGAAAUGAUGCUUAGCUAUGAAGUUUAAAUAUAUUGUACAAUGUUACAUGACGUCAUUAUAAUA